AUGGACACCAAAAAUCAAAGUGAAGAAAAGGAUGAAUACAGAGAGAAGAAAAAGGGAAAUGGACUUACAAUGAUUUCUCAGACACUGGUGCUUGCAAUGCACCUUUCAGGAUCCCGUCUCCGCCAGGAGGACUUUCCACCACGGAUUGUUGAGCAUCCUUCAGAUGUGAUAGUCUCUAAAGGAGAGCCAACAACUCUGAACUGUAAAGCUGAAGGACGGCCAACUCCUACUAUUGAGUGGUACAAGGAUGGAGAGCGAGUGGAAACGGACAAGGAUGAUCCGCGCUCCCACCGCAUGCUGCUGCCCAGCGGAUCUUUAUUUUUCUUACGUAUCGUGCAUGGACGUAGGAGUAAACCUGACGAAGGAAGUUAUGUUUGCGUAGCAAGGAACUAUCUUGGAGAAGCUGUGAGUCGCAAUGCAUCUCUGGAAGUGGCAUUGCUACGGGAUGACUUCCGCCAAAACCCUACUGAUGUUGUGGUGGCAGCUGGAGAGCUGAUGAGAUGCGAAAUACGUGGUGGGAAGCUGAUGAUCUCCAAUACAAGAAAAAGUGAUGCCGGGAUGUACACUUGUGUUGGAACCAACAUGGUGGGGGAGCGAGACAGUGAUCCGGCAGAGCUGACUGUCUUCGAACGGCCCACGUUUCUCAGGCGACCGAUUAACCAAGUGGUGCUGGAGGAGGAGGCCGUGGAUUUCCGGUGCCAGGUGCAGGGGGAUCCCACACCCACAGUCCGGUGGAAGAAAGAUGAUGCAGACUUACCGAGAGGAAGGUAUGACAUCAAAGACGACUACACUUUACGCAUUAAGAAGGCCAUGAGCACAGAUGAAGGAACCUACACAUGCAUUGCUGAGAAUCGAGUUGGAAAAGUGGAAGCCUCUGCUACCCUCACUGUGCGAGCUCGCCCCGUUGCUCCCCCACAGUUUGUGGUGAGACCACGAGACCAGAUUGUAGCCCAGGGUCGAACAGUGACUUUUCCUUGUGAAACUAAAGGAAAUCCCCAGCCAGCUGUUUUCUGGCAAAAAGAAGGAAGCCAGAACCUACUCUUCCCAAACCAGCCUCUCCAACCCAACAGCAGGUAUUCAGUGUCACCAACCGGAGACCUCACUAUUACCAACAUUCAGCGGUCUGAUGCAGGCUACUACAUCUGUCAAGCACUGACGGUUGCUGGAAGCAUUUUAGCAAAGGCUCAGCUGGAGGUUACUGAUGUCUUGACAGAUAGGCCUCCACCCAUCAUCCUCCAGGGGCCGGUCAAUCAGACACUGGCAGUGGAUGGGACAGCUUUGCUGAAGUGCAAGGCAACCGGCGACCCCCUUCCUGUCAUCAGCUGGUUAAAAGAAGGAUUCACCUUCCUGGGCAGAGACCCCCGAACAUCCAUACAGGAUCAGGGGACGCUUCAGAUUAAAACUCUGCGGCUGUCUGAUACUGGGACUUACACUUGUGUUGCUACAAGUUCCAGUGGGGAGACAUCUUGGAGUGCUGUGCUGGAGGUGACAGAAUCCGGUGGAGCAACAGUCAGUAAAAAUUAUGAUAUAAAUGACCUCCCUGGGCCACCAUCCAAACCUCAGGUCACUGAUGUUACUAAGAACAGUGUCACCCUGUCCUGGCAACCAGGGACCCCUGGAAGCCUACCAGCUAGUGCAUAUAUCAUCGAGGCUUUUAGUCAAUCAGUGAGCAAUAGUUGGCAAACAGUGGCUAACCACGUGAAGACCACUCUCUACACUGUGAGAGGACUGCGCCCCAAUACAAUCUACCUGUUUAUGGUGAGAGCUAUCAAUUCACAAGGUCUGAGUGAUCCCAGCCCUAUGUCAGAUCCUGUUCGAACACAAGAUAUCAGCCCACCAGCACAAGGUGUGGAUCACAGGCAAGUCCAGAAAGAACUGGGAGACGUCAUUGUACGACUGCAUAAUCCUGUUGUGCUGACACCCACGACGGUUCAAGUCACCUGGACGGUUGACCGCCAAUCCCAGUUUAUUCAGGGCUACCGAGUAAUGUAUCGCCAAACGUCUGGCCUACCUUCUCCAGCUGUAUGGCAGAAUUUGGAGGUCAAAGUCCCAACCGAGCGCAGUGCUGUCCUCGUCAGCUUGAAAAAAGGGGUCACUUAUGAAAUUAAAGUUCGCCCUUAUUUCAAUGAAUUCCAAGGAAUGGACAGUGAAUCAAAGUCUGCUCGUACCACAGAGGAAGCUCCAAGUGCCCCUCCUCAGUCUGUUACUGUCCUGACAGUUGGAAACCACAACAGUACAAGCAUCAGCAUCUCCUGGGAUCCUCCCCCUCCAGAUCACCAAAAUGGAGUCAUCCAGGAGUAUAAGAUCUGGUGCCUAGGUAAUGAGACUCGAUUUCAUAUCAACAAAACAGUAGAUGCAGCCAUUCGGUCUGUAGUAAUAGGUGGCCUAUAUCCAGGUAUUCAGUACCGUGUGGAAGUUGCUGCAAGCACCAGUGCAGGCGUGGGAGUAAAAAGUGAGCCACAACCCAUAAUAAUCGGAGGUCGUAACGAAGUUGUCAUCACUGAAAAUAACAACAGCAUAACCGAGCAAAUCACUGAUGUUGUCAAACAGCCUGCCUUUAUAGCUGGCAUCGGUGGUGCAUGUUGGGUAAUUCUGAUGGGUUUCAGCAUCUGGCUGUACUGGCGCAGAAAGAAGAGGAAGGGGCUCAGCAAUUAUGCUGUCACUUUCCAAAGAGGAGAUGGAGGACUAAUGAGCAAUGGAAGUCGACCAGGUCUGUUGAAUGCAAGUGACCCCAGUUAUCCUUGGCUUGCAGACUCUUGGCCUGCCACAAGUCUGCCAGUAAACAACAGCACUAGUGGACCCAAUGAUCUUGGCAAUUUCGGUCGUGGAGAUGUGCUGCCACCAGUGCCAGGGCAAGGAGAUAAAACCGCUACUAUGCUUUCUGAUGGAGCCAUUUACAGCAGCAUUGACUUCACCACGAAAACUAGUUACAACAGUUCCAGCCAAAUUACGCAAGCCACACCGUAUGCCACCACCCAGAUACUGCAUUCCAACAGCAUCCAUGAGUUGGCUGUCGACUUACCUGAUCCUCAGUGGAAAAGCUCAAUUCAACAAAAAAAUGACCUGAUGGGAUUCGGUUACUCUCUCCCAGACCAAGGCAAAGGCAACAAUGCCUUGCUUUACAUCCCUGACUACCGCGUGGCUGAGGGAUUGGCUAAUAGAUUGCCACACAACCAGUCACAGGAUUUCAGCACCACCAGCUCCCACAACAGCUCCGAAAGGAGUGGCAGCCUCUCAGGUGGCAAAGGAGGGAAAAAGAAGAAAAACAAAAAUACUGCCAAGCCCCAGAAAAAUAAUGGUUCAAACUGGGCCAGUGUUCCCCUCCCACCCCCUCCUGUGCAGCCGCUUCCAGGCACAGAGCUGGAACACUAUGGGGUGGAUCAGCAAGAAGCAGGAUAUGACAGUGAUGGCUGGUGUCCGCCUUUGCCAGUUCAGACCUACCUACAUCAGGGCAUGGAGGAUGAGCUUGAAGAAGACGAUGAUCGUGUUCCCACACCUCCCGUCCGAGGAGUAGCUUCAUCGCCUGCAAUCUCCUUUGGGCAACAGUCAACUGCAACCCUCACGCCUUCUCCACGAGAGGAGAUGCAGCCAAUGCUUCAAGCCCACCUUGAUGAAUUAACUAGGGCUUACCAGUUUGAUAUAGCAAAGCAGACAUGGCACAUCCAAAGCAAUACACAACCUCCUCAGGCUCCAGUUCCGCCCCUAGGAUAUGUAUCUGGAAACCUUAUUUCAGAUUUGGAAACAGAUGUUCCAGAUGACGAUGAUGAUGAGGAUGAUAUUGAAGAAGAAGCUGUAGAAAUCAGUAGGCCACUAAGAGGUCUAGAGCAUACUCCAGGCUCCAGUAUGGACAAUCUAGACAGCUCUGUGACAGGCAAAGCAUACCCUUCCUCCCAAAGACCUCGGCCGAGCAGUCCUUUUUCUACUGACAGCAACACCAGUGCAGCUGUCAAUCAGAGUCAGAGGCCGAGGCCCACUAAAAAACACAAGGGAGGACGGUUGGACCAACCCCCCUUGCCUCAUCGUAGGGAGGGAAUAACAGAUGAUCUUCCACCACCACCCGACCCGCCCCCUGGUCAGGGUUUAAGGCAGCAAAUAGUCCCUGGCCAGCGCGGAGGCUCAGCAGAGAGGAAAGGAAGCUCUCUUGAGAGGCAGCAUGCACCGAACGUAGAUGAAACAAAGAGCUCCCUGGACCGGCAAGCUAGGACGUCACUAGAGUGGCAGCGGCAAACCCAGGAGUGGAUAAGCUCUACAGACCGCCAAGAGGAUUUCAGGAAAGCCCAACACAAACAAGCCUUCGGAUCAGAAGAGGCACUCGUACCAUAUAGUAAACCCAACUUCCCAUCCCCUGGCGGCCACAGCUCUUCAGGAACAGCUUCUUCUAAAGGAUCGACCGGACCUAGAAAAGGUGAAGUCUUGCGGGGAGGUCACCAAUGCAAUGCCAGUGACCUUCUCGAUGUAGGCUAUGUGGGAUCAAACAGUCAAGGACAGUUUACUGGUGAAUUAUUAUUUCUCAGCCCUCUGAAGGAAGAAGUUGGAUCUGAAGAUGAAGAUGCUAAGGAAGAUCAGGUAAAGAUCACAAAGAAAAACAGUAAAGAAGUAUUUCAGAACAAAGAACGGGUAGCUUAUUCUGAGUUUAAAAGACCAUGUGAAAUGUGA